UAGUUCUCCACUGGUGAAGUCAUUGCCACUCUUCCGAGUGCGCUCGUCUCGGAGGGAGGACUCCGGGGUUUGCAUAAAACGGACGCGCCCGGACACCCACGCACGCACACUUGCAAACACACACGUCUUCCUGACCGUGCUGAGGAACGGAUCUUCACCCUAACCCUUACCCACAGGAACAGGAGGAAUGGCCAACAAGGGUCCGUCUUACGGGCUGAGCCGUCAGGUGCAGGACAAGAUUGACAGGAAGUAUGACCCCGACCUGGAGCAGCGUCUGGUUGAGUGGAUCAUGGCCCAGUGUGGCUCAGGGGUGGGCAAACCCACUGAGGGCAAGCAAGGCUUCCAGGACUGGCUGAAGGACGGAUGCGUCUUGAGCGAACUCAUCAACAGUUUGCAUCAUGCGGACAAACCCGUGAAGAAGAUUCAGAGCUCAUCGAUGGCCUUCAAACAGAUGGAGCAGGUGUCCCAGUUCCUCAACGCUGCGGAAGUGUAUGGUGUGACCAAAACCGACAUGUUCCAGACCGUCGACCUCUGGGAAGGGAAAGACUUGGCUGCCGUGCAGAGAACGCUGAUGGCACUCGGCAGCAUUGCGGUCACUAAGGAUGAUGGAACUUUCCGUGGAAACCCAGACUGGUUCUUCAAGAAAGCACAGGAGAACCGCCGGGAUUUCUCCGAGGACCAGCUGAAAUCGGGGAAAAGCGUUAUCGGCUUGCAGAUGGGCUCAAACAAAGGGGCGUCCCAAGCUGGAAUGACAGGCUACGGCAGACCCAGACAGAUCAUGAACCCCUGAACCCCAUCAUGCCCCCAAACCCAGCCGACCCAUCCCACAUACACACCCCGACCCCUACAGCGGCCUCUACCAAUCUGGGCCUCUCUCCAGUGAGUCUUACUCAGUUAACCCCAACACGUACAAAGCCAACGGCAGAGCCAGUAAUACAACUCGCACACCACUCAUAUCAAAAACAAAACAGUAAUUUUGCUAGUGGAAAAAAAAAAAAAUCAACACUUAAUCCAGCAUCGCUACUGCAAGGCUAAGUAAGUCUGCCAGCCUUAAUGAAUGUCUGUAUAACUGCCAAUGUUGAAUGAAUCCCAUACUGACAAAACAGAGCAUGACUAUUUUAACGCUGGUUAUGGCCUAAUCCCUGGUGUUCCCAACAAAGCACAAUUUUUUGCUAACAAAUUGUACAACAACAUAAACCCUCAAUGAUGGAACAUUUUAUAGAUUGCAAUUACCUUCUUGUCAUCAUUAUUACUUUAGCAAACAUCUAUUUGGUGGUGAAAGUUAAAACACAAGUAAAUAAAUCAACGCUAAGUCAAAUUAUUGUAAGAUUGGAAUUACAGGUUUCUAAAAUGUGAGGGUGAUUCUGAUGUAGAGAGCAGAAACACGCAGCCUUGUAUUUUUGUAUUAUGUCUAAUUAAAAAAUGACUUCAAAAA